GAUGUAUAUGGCGUAAGACUCCAACCAACGACAGAGCUCCAUUGACCAGUAUCAGAACUACUCAACCCAUGGAGAUAGUCUGUAUGGACUUUCUGAAGUUAGAAGUUUCCAAGGGCGGAUACCAGUACGUAUUGGUGAUUACAGAUCAUUUUACCCGAUACGCACAGGCCAUUCCAACGAAAAACAUGACAGCCCGAACCACUGCUGAAGCUUUCUUCAAGAACUACGUGGUACAUUAUGGACUUCCAGAAAGAAUACACAGCGACCAAGGUGCUAACUUUGAGAGCCGUCUAGUCAAAGAGUUAUGUGAUAUUACCGGCAUCAAGAAGUCACGGACAACGCCAUAUCACCCACAAGGCAACGGACAAUGCGAAAGAUUCAACAGGACACUCAUCAACAUGCUUGGAACUCUUGAGAAAGAUAAGAAAACAGACUGGAAGUCUUACAUUGGUCCUAUUGUCCAUGCCUACAACUCGACCAAGCAUGACACUACAGGCUUCACACCGUUCCAGCUGAUGUUUGGUCGACAGCCGAAGCUACCAGUAGAUUUAGCUUUUGGGAUUGACAGUGAUAGAGAACCGAAAAUUAUGACGAAGUAUGUUGAAGAUCUGAGACAGAAAUUAAAGAAAUCUUACCAACUUGCAUCAUCAGCUGCAGAAAAAUCACAGGGUAAACAGAAGCAAGCUUAUGACAUCAGAGUUAAAGGAGCCAUUUUACAUAAAGAUGAUCGAGUACUUGUGAAGAUUCUUGCCUUCGAUGGAACCCACAAGUUACAGGAUAAAUGGGAAGAAGAUCCAUAUGUAAUCCUCGAUCAGCCCAAUACAGAACUACCUGUCUAUGUAGUUAGGAAAGAGAAUGGUCAUGGAAGAAAACGAACGCUUCAUAGGAACCAUCUACUACCCAUUGGAAGCAUCAACGAGGAACUUGUGGAAGAGAACACAACUCACCAAAUGCCAGUUCCUUUGCCAAGAAGAAGUAAAAGAAAACCAGCAUCACCAAAGAAGAAAACUGCUCCAGUAGAAGUUUCAACAGACUCCAACACAGAGAGUGAGGAUGAAUCAAUGGUGUAUGUCGUGGUUGAAGAGCCUCCGCAAGAUGUUCAACAAGAUAUUCAGCCGGAUGGCGUUAUCCAAGCAGAUGAUGAAACAGCAUCGGUUGAGGAGGAGGCUACUGUUCCUGGUAACGCUGAUGACGAUCAGGACCGCACCGAGGAGCAAUCUGAAUUAGAGGAGGACGCUUCUUUGCCUGAGGAAUCAGGAGGUUCAGAGCACGAAACAUCACUAGAAGAUCAAGUACAUGAUUUGGCAACAGAUGCUUUACAUGAUGUAACAGAUGAUGAUAGCACGGAAUAUGAGAACAUUGAUGAUGAAGAAGAAAAAGAUGAUGACACACCAGAACCACAACAAAGACGAUCUACCAGAACCAAGACAUCAACAGCUACAACCAAGUACAAGGAUUUUGUUGUACCACCAGUCUCCAAGAGUGCACAACCGGAAUGGAUGGUUCGUGCUGACUACCUUAGGACUGCAGCAUCCUCUGGAAUGUUUAUCAACAUGGCUGAUGACGUUUCCAGAGCGAUGUUGAAGCUGAUCACCAAGACAGACGAUUAGAUGAUAUAUUGUAUUUCAGUUUUGUCCAGUAUUAGACGAGGACGUCUUUUCCUCACACAGGGGGAAGAUCAUUGUUGUAUAUUUUUGUUUAUUGUCACCAUGAUUUCAGUUAUGUCUUGGAAGACAUUCUCGCAGCAGGGGGAGAAUGUGACAGAGUAUAUUUUUACAUAUUUCAUUUAUUAGUAUUUUACAUUUUAUUACAUGCCAGAUAUUAUACUUUAUUCAUUCACUCUGAUCAUUUGAUCUUUUGAUUUAUAGUUUAUUAUCUCUUUACACUAUAAAUUGUAUGAAAGUUCUAGUCAGUCAUACUUCAUUGAGCAAAAUUUUAAUUGUAUCUACCCGUCCAACUCAUUAGUAAAUUAAUUGUCACACCUUGUUUAUCUUUAUGGUCAGUUCUUAUUGGUCAUUCUGGACACACCUCAGAUUUUGGAAAAGAAGUAAUGGUGGUUAAUUCUUGAAAAUUGGAGACAUACAUAUUUAAUAUUUACUUCUUAUUUAAACCAUAUAUAGUGAUGAAACUUAUAUAGAGACAUUCUAUUUAGUGCUCGUUAGUACUCACUGAAGUUUCCAUACUUUGGAAUCACUGUAGUUAUUGGAAAUUACAUUCUUUAUAUCUGGACACAUAGAUUAUGAUG